UGUUUAUGUAGGUAAAUGAUAGUGAUCUAUCAAAAGAAUUGUACAAGAAGUUUAGCGGUUCAUAGGAGAAAAGUUCGUGCCUGGCAGAUGAUUUGCAUUUUAUCUCAAUUUGUUGAGGAGGACAUUGUUGGCAAAGUUACAUCUAAUUUGCAUAUAUGCCUUUAUAGGAACAAUUUACCAGUUGUACGACAGUACUUGGAGACUUUUGCAAUUCAGAUCUACUUGAAGUUUCCAAUAUUGGCUGAAGAGCAGCUGAUUCCCAUAUUCUAUGAUCAUAAAAUGCGGCCACAGGCUUUGUCUUCAUAUGUUUUUAUAGCAGCCAAUGUUAUCCUCCAUUCUAGGGAAUUGCCAGUUCAGAUGAAACAUUUAGAUAAUCUAUUGCCCCCUGUGAUUCCAUUUUUAACUUCCCAUCAUCAUAGUUUGCGAUGCUUCACUCAGUUGCUUGUUUAUCAUGUACUGUGCAAAUUAUGGCCUGCUUUUAGAUCUUGUAAAUCAGGUGUCAAGCCAUUGGAAGAGAGAUGUUUUGAGGACUUGAAGUUGUAUUUGGCAGGAAAUGUAGACUGUAUGAGGCUAAGGGCUUCGAUGGAAGGUUUUCUUGAAAACUUUGAUCCCGUUGCUUCUGCAACUCCUGCAGGAGUAUUUAAUUUCCGGAAUGAGGGAUCUGAGUUUGAAUGUGUCGCCGUUUCUUUGAUGGACUUAGUGAUGGCCUUUUUAAAUGAUGUGCGGGAUGAGCUUAGAUAUUCCUUUGCUGAGGAUGAGAGGACAAUCACGAACGAGAGCCUAACAGCAAAUGGCACUUCUGAUGGAAUAUUCAGUUUGAAUGAGGCAUCACAUAAGCAAACCCUCGAUGACUCUAAUUUGGACUUUCAAAAGAAAAUUACUCUUCAUGGACAUGAGAAACUGGCACCAUAUGAUGAUCAUCGCUUUCUUGCAAGUUCCAGCAUGUCCACAAUACUUUCAGAAUUAGAAAUGGAAGAUCAGCUUGUGAGCUCAGCGAUUCAUGCAAGAAAAGAAGUCAUGGAAAAGGUUAGAGAAAGGCAACAACAAAUAAUUCUCGUUGCAUCAUUGCUUGAUCGAAUUCCCAAUCUUGCUGGGUUAGCAAGGACUUGUGAGGUGUUUAGGGCAGCGUGUCUUGCUGUUGCUGAUACAAGUAUUAUGCAGGACAAGCAGUUCCAACUUAUAAGUGUCACAGCUGAGAAGUGGAUACCAAUCAUAGAGGUUCCAGUUUGUAGCAUUAAAGUUUUUCUAGAGAAGAAAAGGAGAGAAGGAUUCUCCAUUCUGGGCUUGGAGCAAACUGCAAAUAGCACAGCGCUGGACCAGUUUGCCUUCCCAAACAAAACGGUUUUAGUGCUGGGACGAGAAAAGGAGGGGAUUCCUGUAGAUAUUAUUCAUGUUUUAGAUGCUUGUGUUGAGAUUCCUCAGCUGGGUGUAAUCAGAUCACUCAAUGUUCAUGUAAGUGGUGCCAUUGCUCUAUGGGAAUACACUCGCCAGCAAAGGAGUAGGAACCAGUGAUCUGUUACUGGAUUCUGUUUGCGACGGCGUUCUUAUUUUAAAGUAACUUUUUAAUAUAAAAAUUUUAAUUUUUGUACUAGAAAAUUGUUUUAAGAAGCUGUAAAAAAACCGUUCCAAACGAAGCUUAAGUCAGUAUUGAUGAUGUUUGGACAUGCUUUUUCAUCUUUUUUUUUCAACAGAAGCUUGAUUUUGAAAAUUGUUUAGAGGAAAUGAUGUAUUUGUAUUUUAUUGAAUUUCUUUU